AUGAGUGGAGAAGCCAAAGCCGUAGAGAUGAACGCCACCCUGUUCGCUGCUAAGCAGCAGUUGCGAUCUGCCAUGAAGCAGAGGCUGUCUGCCCUCCCACAGGAAGCCAUCAGGGAGCAGAGCCACACCAUACACACCAAUUUGCUGACCUUCAAACCUUACGUUGAUGCACAUCGCAUUAGUGUCUUCUUGUCGAUGCCCUCCGCAGAAGUCCAGACCGAUGCCAUCGUCCAGCACGCUCUAGCCCUGGGCAAGCAGGUCUUUGUUCCCUAUCUGCACAAGUCCCCUUUAUCUUCAGCUGGCGGUGCCACGCCUGCACGGGUGAUGGACAUGGUCCGCCUCGACAAUCUGCAGGACUACCAGUCUCUUCAACGCGACAAAUGGGGCAUUCCCAGUAUAGAUCCUGCCACAGUUCACUCAAGACAGAGAAUCCUGGGUGGCCCUGACGCACAUCACUCAGACCAAGCAACUCUGGAUCUCAUCCUUAUGCCCGGGGUGGCGUUUGACGUUGCCCCGGGCUCAAGAGAAAUCAGGCGGCUUGGACAUGGCAGGGGUUUCUAUGACUUCUUCCUCCAACGGUACGCCGAAAAAUUGGAAGCAUUAGAUCGACAGCAUUCUUCUGUAUUGCUCUACGGCCUGGGCCUCAAGGAGCAGUUCCUGUCCUCUGCUACAGACGAGAUUCCUGUCGGGCCGUAUGAUCAGCCUCUGCACGGGCUGAUCUUGGGGAAUGGAGACAUCAAGACCGCCGUACCGAACCAAAUAGAUUGA